ACAACCUGCUGCUGAGGAGCCGCUGAGCCAAGAGUCCUGCACCUGCAUCACGGGUCAUGAAGACUUUGACAGUUUCUCCGUGUGUUGAGAUGAACAAUGAGACAACAGGUUCUGGUUCUCUGGUUGUCCAGCGGUUCUUCACCAACAGUCGGGAACGUUGCCGGCAGCAGAACGUUAACGGAGCAUUUGCCGAGCUGCGUCGGCUCAUCCCCACCCACCCCCCCGACAGAAAGCUUAGCAAGAACGAGACCCUGCGCCUCGCCCUCCGGUACAUCAACUUCCUGGGCAGGCUGCUGACGGAGCAGAACCUGGGGAAGGUCCCCCGGGGUCGAGCGGAGAGCCUGGAGCUAGAGGUAGAUAGGCUGCAGGGGGCACUGUCGCCACUCUCCAGCUGUGAGAGUUUGGUGGAGGGAGACUCUGACGGAAGAUCUGGGUCCAGACCUUCACCUUCAGCUGAUCAGGUCCAUACACACUGGGAGGUCCUGAUCCGCCAUGUUGGCUCACAGCUGGAACUCGUUUAAAUCCAGAACACGACUGUGUAUGUGUGUGUGUUCACUCUGUCAGAGUGUUGAUAUAAAGUUCUGUGUUGAAACAGAAUCGUCAGUAACCACAUGAAGUUUCUUUAAUGUUAAAGAAACAUUGGUGAUUUUAUUUUUAUUCUUCUAUAAAAACCUGUGGUUUGUCAUCGUAGCUAAUUUUCUUUCAUUGUUGAAAUUGAAAAUUGAAAAAUAUCUUUGUGUCGUGCUGCGUUCAGGUGCGUCUCAGAUAUUCGGACUCUGACGUCAUUAAACUUGUGAAGCUGUUACACCUGUGUCUCCUUCAUCAAAAAAGCCUUUACAGUAAGAGCAGUGAUGGGCUUUUAUUGUGAAAUCACGCAGUUUAAUUCAGCAAUGUCAGAAUACAGAUGGAAUGUGAUUGGCACCUGCGAUCCUCUGUAUCGGGGGAGGGGCUCUUGUCUCAGGCUGUUGAACGUUGAGUAACAUGUUCUCUCUGGUGUUGUGUAUUGUCUAUGUUUGUAUUACUGAACACAUUAAAGUGUCCUGUUUCAUUUGUUUGAAUGAAGCUAAGUUUGAUUUGUAAAAUAAAUGUUUUUAUUGAAGGUUA